GGGGCGACAGCUCUGUGUCCCGGUAAGGGGAGGAGAGAACAGGGAGCAGAGGCGGUUCUAUCUCGGCUCUUCGUGUUUCGGGGCUGGAGAGUGUGGGUCCACGGCUGGAGAGACCGCCGGGACCAUCAGCAGAACCAGUCCAGCACGGAGCCUCGCCUGGCCGAACGCGGCGCCGUGCACUCUUCUCGGGGGACUGCACAACAUUCCUGUGAAAUAUAACUGCUAUUAAUGGCAUGUGGCUUGUAACUUUACUUCUGCUGUAUUCUUUGCAAGAAGUCAACAGUGAGGAUGUUGUCUCUACUCGGCUGUACUUUGUGAACGCCUCCCUGCAGCGAGUGACCUUCUCCAGCUCGGUGGGGGUGUCCCUGCCCUGCCCUGCGGGCGGCGCCCCCCAUGCCGCCCUGCGCUGGUACCUGGCUGCCGGAGACGACAUUUACGAUGUGCCCCAUAUCCGCCACGUGCAUGCCAACGGUACCCUUCAGCUCUACCCUUUCUCCCCGUCUGCCUAUAACAGCAUCAUCCACGACAACGAGUACUUCUGCACUGCUGAGAAUCAAGCAGGCAAGAUUCGAAGCCCCAGCAUCCACGUUAAAGCAGUGUUCAGGGAGCCCUACACAGUCCGUGUGGCCGACCAACGCUCCAUGCGGGGAAAUGUUGCCGUGUUCAAGUGCCUCAUCCCGUCAGCCGUCCAGGAGUACGUCAGUGUGGUGUCCUGGGAGAAAGACACUGUUUCUAUCGUCCCUGGAAAUCGUUUCUUCCUGACCUCAUUUGGCGCUUUAUAUAUCUCAGAAGUGCAGAAAGAAGAUGCUCUGUCCACAUAUCGCUGCAUCACAAAGCACAAGUACAGUGGAGAGACCCGUCAGAGCAACGGGGCCAGGCUCUCUGUUAUGGACCCUACGGAGUCCACUCCGACCGUGCUGGACAGUUUCCAGUCUGGUGAGGUGCAGGUGGGGCACAGCGUGGAGCUGCCCUGCAUCGCAUCUGGAUACCCAAACCCUGCCAUCCGAUGGUUAAAGGACGGCCGGCCGCUGCCAGCAGAUUCCCGCUGGACUCGCCGCACCACCGGCCUCACCGUCUCCGACCUAAGAGUCGAGGACAGCGGCAAUUACAUCUGUGAGGUCACUAACAGCUUUGGCUCCAAAGAGGUGAUGGGUCAUCUCAAUAUUAUAGAGCCACUUCGGGUCACUUUGUCUCCAAAGAACCUGAAGACAGGAAUCAGCAGUACGGUCAUCCUCUCCUGCGCCGUCCAAGGUUCCCCCCACUUUACCGUGUCCUGGUACCGUAACACAGAACCCGUCAUGCCAGAUCAGCACUUUUCCAUCCAGGGAGCUCACAAUGAGACACUGUUUAUUUCUGCUGCACAAAAAAGACACUCUGGAGCUUACCAGUGCUUUGCCUCGAGAAAGGGCCAAACAGCCCAGGACUUCUCCAUCAUACUGCUAGAAGAUGGUACGCCCCGUAUUGUUGCAUCCUUCAGUGAAAGGGUAGUGGUUCCUGGCGAGCCGUUUUCCCUGAUGUGUGCUGCGAAAGGAGCCCCUCCACCCACCAUCACCUGGACUCUGGACGACGAGCCCGUGGCCCGGGACCUUUCACGGGUCAGAUCCAGCCAGUACACGCUCUCUGAUGGGAGCACGGUGAGCUACGUGAACGUCAGCAGCCCGCAGAUUCGUGAUGGAGGAGUGUAUCGGUGCGCAGCACGAAACUCGGCCGGUAGUGCCGAGUACCAAGCGCGCAUAAACGUAAGAGGCCCUCCAAGGAUACGACCUAUGAAGAACAUCACUGCAGUUGCAGGAAGAAACACUUUUAUAAACUGCCGUGUAAUUGGGUACCCUUAUUACUCAAUUAACUGGUACAAGGAGGGACUUCUGCUGCCUGACAACCAUCGCCAGGUGGUGUUUGAGAAUGGGACACUGAAGCUCAGCGAUGUUCAGAAAGGCAUGGAUGAGGGUGCCUAUGUCUGCAGUGUGCUGAUCCAACCACAGCUCUUCAUCACACAGACCGUUUACGUCACUGUCAAAGUUCCCCCACUGAUCCAACCAUUCGACUUCCCCCCAACUUCCAUCGGUAAGCUGAUGUACAUCGCCUGCGUGGUGUCUUCUGGAGACAUGCCCAUACGUAUCACAUGGCGUAAGGACGGCCAGGAGAUUGUGCCCUCUUCAGGCAUCACUAUCGACACGAAGGAGUUCAUGAGCUCUCUGCAGAUCUCCAAAGUGUCACUCAAACACAACGGCAAUUACACCUGCAUCGCAAGUAACGAUGCAGCUACUGUCAGCACAGAGAGGCAGCUCACGGUCACGGUGCCUCCUCGAUUUGUUGUGCAGCCCAACAACCAGGAUGGGAUCUAUGGAAAAGCAGCAAUCCUGAACUGUUCUGUUGAUGGAUACCCUCCUCCUAAAGUCAUGUGGAAGCAUGCCAGGGGUGCAUUAGCGGGCAUCGGGAACCCUCAGCAGUACCACCCAGUGCCUCUGACAGGUCGCAUUCAGAUCAUGAACAACGGCUCGCUGCUCAUCCGACACGUUUUGGAAGAGGAUCGCGGCUUCUACCUCUGUCAGGCCUCCAACGGGGUGGGCUCAGACAUCAGCAAGAGCAUGGUCCUAACGGUUAAAAUCCCAGCGAUGAUCACCAGUCACCCCAACACAACCAUGGCCAAGAAGGGUCACGUGAAGGAGCUGAACUGCACAGCCAGGGGAGAAUGGCCCAUCAUCAUCCGUUGGGAAAGAGGCGACACUGUUAUCGACCCUGAUCGCAACCCCAGAUACUCCAUAACUACAAGCCCCAAUGAGAAGACAGACGAGGUGCUGUCAACACUCAAGCUCAAGCCAGCAGAGCGUGAGGAUUCAGUCUUCUUUUCCUGUCACGCCAUCAACUCUUAUGGAGAAGGACGAGGCCUUAUCCAGCUCACUGUGCAAGAGCCUCCAGACCCUCCAGAGCUGGAGGUGCGAGAAGUCAAAGAUCGUAGCAUGAAUCUCAGGUGGACUCAGAGGUUUGAUGGAAACAGCGCCAUUACCUCCUACGAUAUUGAAUAUAAAAACAAAACAGAUUCGUGGGAGCUGAAGCAUGCCACUAGAAACAUCUCUCCCACAAACAAUCAGGCCAACAUCGUGGAUCUUCACCCAGCCUCCGUUUACAGCAUCCGGAUGUACUCCUACAACGACAUAGGCAAGAGUGAGGCCAGUAAAGAACUCACUAUCAGCACAGAGGAAGCACAACCUGAUGGUCCCCCAAUGGAUGUGACCCUUCAGGCUGUGACCUCUCAGAGUAUCCGAGUCACAUGGAAGGCUCCGAGGAAAGAGCUACAGAACGGUGUGAUCCGGGGUUACCAGAUUGGUUACAGAGAGAAUGGCCCAGGAAGUAACGGCCAGUACAGCAUCGUUGAGAUGAAGGCCACUGGAGACAGUGAGGUCUACACUCUCGACAACCUCAAGAAGUUUGCUCAAUACGGCGUGGUUGUCCAGGCUUUUAAUCGAGCAGGAACCGGGCCGUCAAGCUCAGAGAUCAAUGCUACAACACUGGAAGAUGUUCCUAGCCAGCCUCCUCAGAACGUUCGAGCCAUCUCUGUAACAUCAGAUGAGGCGGUGAUCACCUGGGCUGAGCCUCCCAGAAUAACCCUCCAUGGGGUACUGAAGGGAUACCGCGUUGUGUUUUGGGCAGUCUUCCCAGAUGGAGAGUGGAGUGAGAUGCAAAACAUCACAACGAGCAAAGAGCAGGUGGAGCUUAAAGGCCUGGAGAAGUUUACUAACUACAGCAUCCAGGUGCUGGCCUUCACCCAGGCGGGGGAUGGCGUCCGGAGCAACGUCCUGUACAUCCAAACUCGAGAAGACUAUCCUGGACCCCCGGCUGGCAUCAAAGCUGUGCCCUCUUCUGCCAGCAGUGUUGUAGUGUCGUGGUUACCCCCUCACAAGCCCAAUGGAAUCAUCCGCAAGUACACAAUCUACUGCUCCAGCCCUGGAUCGGGCCAACCGAUGCCAAGUGAGUACGAAGCCAAUCCAGAGUUGCUGUUCUACCGAAUCACGCACCUGAACCACAGGCAGCAGUACCUGAUCUGGGCUGCAGCUGUCACCACUGCAGGUCGUGGAAACUACAGUGACAAAGUCACUGUGGAGCCUGCUGCCAAAGCCCCGGCCAAAAUUCUGUCAUUUGGCGGUACGGUUACAACUCCAUGGAUGAAGGAGGUGCGGCUGCCCUGUAGCUCCGUUGGUGAACCUACACCUACUAUAAAAUGGACUAAAGACAGUGAGGACACUGCUAUUCCAGUGUCUCUUGAUGGACAGCGCCUUAUUCUGGCCAAUGGGACGCUGGUGCUGCGCUCCGUCAAAGCCGAAGACUCUGGUUAUUACACCUGCACGGCCACCAACACGCUGGGCUUUGAUACCAUCUUAGUCAACCUUUUGGUGCAAGUUCCUCCAGAUCAGCCCCGUCUGACCGUCUCCACCACCUCCACCUCUUCCAUCACUCUUGCCUGGAUACCAGGAGAUAAUGGAGGCAGCUCUAUCAGAGGUUUCGUUCUACAAUACUCCGUGGACAAUACAGAGGAGUGGAAGGAUGUUUUCAUCAGCUCCAGUGAGCGGUCCUUUAAACUGGACAACCUGCGGUGUGGGACCUGGUAUAAAGUCAAGUUAGCAGCCAAGAACAGCGUUGGAGCAGGACGCAUUAGUGAGAUUAUUGAGGCGAAGACUCACGGACGAGAGCCCCAAUUCAACAAGGAUCAACCCGUUUUUACCUACAUUAACUCCAGCCACGCCCGCCUGAACCUGCAGGGUUGGGCCAGUGGAGGAUGCCCAAUCACUGCCGUCACACUAGAAUUCAGACCAAAAGGUACGUGGACCUGGCAGACUGUACGUACCAACGCCACCUCAGACGUGUUUCUGGCUGAUUUGCGUGAGGCCACCUGGUAUGAACUGAAGAUGAAGGCAUGUAACAGUGCUGGAUGUGGAAACCAGAGCUCCCAGUUUGCCACACUGGACUACGAUGGCAGUACUAUUGCUCCCAUUAAAUCCCCCCUGAAAAAAAAUGACGACGUGAAGAAGCUGUUCUCCAUCGGUUCUCCGGUGAUUCUGGUCACUCUUGGUGUUGCACUACUCUUCAUCAUCCGCAAGAAACGCAAAGAGAAGAGACUAAAGAGACUAAGAGAUGCUAAAAGCCUGGCAGAGAUGCUGAUCAGCAAAAACAACCGCAGCUUUGACACGCCAGUGAAGGGACCUCCGCAGGGCCCGCGGCUACACAUCGACAUCCCCAGAGUGCAGUUGCUAAUUGAGGACAAAGAGGGCAUCAAGCAAAUUGGCGAUGACAAGGCCACUAUCCCUGUGACAGACACAGAGUUCAACCAAACUGGGAAUCCUCAGAGCUUCUGCACUGGUGUUUCUGUCCAUCACCCUGCCCUCAUCCAAAACACAGGUCCUUUGAUAGACAUGUCUGACAUCAGACCAGGAACCAACCCGGUAUCGAGGAAGAGUGUGAAGUCAGCCCACAGCAUCAGGAACCGCUACUCCAGUCAGUGGACUCUGACCAAGUGUCAGGCUUCCACACCAGCUCGUACUCUCACUUCAGACUGGCGCACAGUUGGCUCCCAGCAUGGCAUCACUGUCACAGAAAGUGACAGCUACAGUGCCAGCCUCUCGCAGGACACAGAUAAGGGGCGCAACAGUAUGGUGUCCACGGAGAGCGCCUCGUCUACCUACGAGGAGUUGGCGAGAGCGUACGAGCACGCCAAGCUGGAGGAGCACCUGCAGCACGCCAAAUUUGAGAUUACAGAGUGUUUUAUCUCUGACAGCUCAUCUGAUCAGAUGACCACAGGUACCAAUGACAAUGCAGACAGUAUGACAUCUAUGAGCACACCGUCAGAGCCUGGGAUCUGCCGUUUCACUGCAUCGCCACCCAAACCCCAAGACUACGAUCGUGGCAAGAAUGUAGCCGUGCCCAUCCCACACCGCGCCAAGAGCGACUACUGCAACCUUCCCCUCUACAUGAAAUCCGAUCCCUUUUUCCGAAAGCAGUCGGAACACCAUGACCCAUGUCCAGUGGUUCCUCCACGCGAAGCCUCAAUUCGUGGCCUGGCCCAACGGGCGUACCACAGCCAGGGUCGUCACGUGACUAUGGACUCUGCAAAGCAGCAGGCUCUAUCCAUGGGCCACUCUGGGCUAUCCAACCUCACUUCCUCUACGGUUUCCUCUGGAGGAGCAUCAGGAGGCGGUGGUGGAGGGAGUGGAAGUGGAGGAAUGUCCGCUAGCUCUAGUAGCUCCACGCUUCCCCAGAGGACUCUAACCCUGGCUGGCUCCUCUGCUGCUGUGGCUCAGAGUGCAGCCGCAGCUGCUGCAGCUACUGCCGCGGCUGCAGGGGCGUCAUCCUCCUCUGGUGGAGGUGGAGCAGCAGGGGCCACAGGUGGGACCCCUGGAGGUGCCUCCUCUUCUUCCUCCAAGAUUGGAGGGUCCAGAGACUCUCUCCUGGAGAGCAGCUCCUCCGGCUUAGGUAGACUACAGAAGCAGAGGGAUGGGGGCUCAGGGGCCUACUCCAAGUCCUACACACUGGUGUAGCCUGCCAUGACCGAGGCCUGUCACUGUAACUCUUAAUGCUGGACAAGCCAGCGCUUGCCUGGAGUCUGUGGUAAAUCGGGGUGAGGAACAUAGACAUGCACAGCUUAGCCGUCAGUGCCUGUGCUGUGCCAGCCUGCAGGGAGCUGCUUGCGUUCCCGUCAACAAUACUGUUCGAAGGGGUCAGAGUUGGACCUCCACAGUACAGGGGCUUGCCUUUCUUUCAGCCUGAUUGCUUUCUUUUAUUAUUGCCGUUAUUCUCUCUUGUUUUUGAUCACCCUGGAAAUCACUUGCCAAAACGUAAACAAGUUACCCGUUCACUCCACUUUUUAGUUUCCUGGCAAACGACUCAGUACUUAUGCACAAAAGGCUUUCUACGCGCACUGUCUUGUUUUCCACAUCGAGACAGCUCUAGAAUGAACCAGGUCACAAGGGACAUGUGUUAAGGUUUUAGGUUUUUUAAAUAUGUAACUUUUCGUGGUGUCUGAGGGAAAAGGAGCUCAUAUCACAGCAUUGUGCCUCGGCAGGGUGCUUUUACUGUAUGCAUAAACCACUAGCCUUGGUGUUACAUUGGUUCUGCAAGGUUCCACCGCAGAUUGGUCCAGCAGAGGCAGCGAGGAGGACUUUUGUCCUGUUAUACAUGCAAUGGAUGCCACAGUGUAGUGGUCAUAAAGGAUUCCUUUUAAAAAGACAGACUUAAAACAGAGAAAUUAUAAAUGUUGAGCAUCAACGAGUGAUUUGAGACGUUUUGUUUUCGGCCACUUUUGUGUUUUUUUUUUUUUUUCAAACGAGGAUGGAAAUAUAAUCUCAUGUGCACUAAGAAAAAGUUAGAACGGAUCCAGGAAGCUUCACGAGCCUGCGUGUGCACGUGUGUGUGUGCGUGGGUGUAUAUGUGUAAAUAUAUAUGUAUACAUGUGGCAGGCACACACUAACAAUGGACCUUUUUAAAUUCAAUCUGUAUAAUGAACUCUUGGGCAGAAGUCUGUGUUAAAAAUGAAGCCCCCUCCCCCGCUGUUUGUUUUAUAAAAAAAGAAGAAAACCAGAAAAAGAAAUGGGGAGAGGACAGUAAUGAUGAUGGUUUUACAAUAGGUUCAGAAUUUUUGAAAUUUUUUUAUAACCCUAAGUGACGACGUGGUAUGGAAAAGGCUAAAUUCUAAGAAGAGGGUUUAGAAGAGAGUAUUUGCAGACUAGAGACGGGUUUUUCUUUCUGUUUCUUUGUUUCUUUGUCAAAUCAAAGAUUUUAGAGACUGUUUUAUUGUCCAUUUACCACCCCUUCCCACUUUUCCUUCUCCCAUCCAUUAUAUGUCCAAAUAGAGUCACUGUGACAUAAGGCUGGCACAUUGACUUGGCAAAGACAGACAGACCUAAAGGAACGUGUUUUUGCACAGACAUGCAGAAAUACCUUUAGGGUACUCGAGUUAUAAUCACACAGAAAGGUGAGAUUAUUACAGAAAGCUGUUGCUAAUAAAGACUUUUAUCUAUUUAGUCAUCCCUACUAAACAAUAGUUUAAAAGCUGGCAUCACACGUCUGUGUUCAAUGAUAUCUCUGUAACAUUUAGUGUGGCAUCGACGUCAGUGAUGCUGGCAACCUUUAAUCCAUUAGCAGAAGAACUUUUAUCACAAUGGCUUUAAAUCUCCAAAUUUAGAUCAACGUUCUGAUUCAACCUUUAUUCAUACACGUAUGUCACACUGAGAAGCUAUCUCGUUUUCAAGAGGGACCUGAUUUACCCUAAUACCACUAGCUAAAUGCUAUACUUUGCUCCGUCUGAUUCCCACAUGGCAAAAAGGAGUGAAUUAAUAUUAUAAAAUCUCAAAAGUCUUCGCUUCACUUUUGAAGCAAGUCAUGGGAUGGUUAAAUGCCUUUCCAGCUUCUGAGAGGGUAGAGAUUUGUGUGAUUUAAUUUUAAUUUGUGUACUCUUUCAUAAGAGUACUAUUGCUGGCAAUUCUGUUAAAACCUGGUGCUCAUUUAAUUAGAUUUAAUUUUUUCUUGUUUAUUUUUUAAGUGUAAGUUGUGGUGUAUUUCAAUAACCGCCACAGGGGGCUUAAAGGCUGGCAGCACCCUCCUUCUUGCCCUAGGUGGACACAUGGAUUUAGAGAUGUGUAUGGAAAAUCCUGUUUGAAUAUUUUGGAUAAAACAACAGACGCUGAGAUUAGAGUCAGAGGGGUCAGAGCGAUAUGACUCACUUCAGAAAUAAGGGAUUUUUACAUGUAUUUAUCAUCAGGCACGGUACUGUAUGUUUUACUUUUUUUCUUCUUCUCCCAAAGCUUACUCCCAUAACAAAGACCGUUCCAAAUGAUAAAUGUAAUAACAGACUAAAGUAAAUUCUCUCAAUAGAAAAAGAUAUCAUAUAUGUUUGUUUUCAAAAGUGUGUACAUAUAUAUUUCUAUUUAAAUAUAAAGCAAAUAUAAGAAUAUUGAAAAAGCAGAGACAUAUAAAAGCUGUUCUAAUUGAAAUAUAUAUGAAAUAUCACAAGACAAUCGCUUAGAGUGAACCAUCUCACGAAAGAAACGGCGAAAACCAAGAAGGGAAGUUUAAACAGGUAGCACAACGAUGGAUGGAAAGAGGAAGUGAUGUGAGAGAAAGGUAAUAGAGUAAACGAGAUUUGAGAGAUGAGACAAUGACAGCCCCCACCAUUGUGAUAUUGUAAAACACAAGCACAGUAAAGGAGCAGAAAGUGUGUACUGCUGAUUAACAUUAGUCUCAGUGCAGAACGUGUGGUGUUGACAAAGAAGAUGGCCGAUACAGUAAGUGUGUCAUGUUGUAAUGUACGUCCCAAAGGUGCGUUCGCUAACUCAAUGUCAUUACCCAACUCUAAUUAACACAUAAACAAACCUAGAUUUAUUUAUAUUUCCCAUCUGCCAGUGAACAUACAAACAAUGGAAACUAUACCUGCAGAGAUCUGUAUUCAUUGUUUCUCUUUGUUUUAGUUUGAUAAAGAUUCACUUCCCAUGAUGCCUUUCAUUUUGGCCUUUAUGUUUCAAUUGUUGCAAAUGCUUAUCGAGAGAAAUAAAAUGUGAGUUUGGGAAAAGAGUGAGGUCUGUUUUUACAUCCAAAAACAAGGGCUUCCCUACUCCAGUUGUAUGAGUAUUAGUUUAGACUGAUUAAAUAAACUUCUAACCAACCCGCUUCCCCUGGUUGUUUAGUGAAGUUGAUGCUGGUCAGUUCUUCUGAAUUUGAAUGCCUUUUAAUGACCUUGAUCAUAUUAACCCACUGGUUUCUCUGUCAAAUCAGUUGAGAAAAGCUGAAAUUUGUCAGAAAUUAAAGAUUUUAUAUUUGAUCUUCUGUCUCUUUCUCAAGAAUAACCAGUAAACGUGUAAUUUUAGGAAAAUAACUCACUUUUCAAGAAAAAUACAUCACUAAAGUAAAGCAUUUCCAAAUUCAUUUAUUAUAACAUGCAUCUAAUCUUAGGUGGAAUGUUCAUUGAAAUCAUCAAAAUACUAUAAAACCUUUUAAAUCGUACCCCCUCCCAACCUUUUUUACAUGAAUUAGCCAAUCACAACUUCUCAUUUCCCUCCUUUUUAGCAUUUAUCUCACCUUGAUACAAUUACUUCUCCACCCUAACUGAAUACUUGUGUACAUAGGGAGGUGUUUUGUAUAAAUGAGUACUAUUUUCGACAUCUUCACUAAAAACCAGGGCACAAUGUAAGUUUUGGACUGAAUUAAACAUGAUGAAGAAACAAUAAAAAUCCAUAGAAAUAAAAGAGAAUAACUGUUUUUUUUCCCAUUUAGGAACCAGUUCAGUUUUGCUAGAGUGGAUCUUGCAUAUUUAAUAUAUUUAUCUCAUUUUUUUAAUUGGGCCCUUUGGUUGCGGUGUCUCAGCUUUAAUUUGUUUUCUAUCAAAAUUUUUCUCUUUGUUGUUUUUUUGGUUUGUUUGUUUUAUUCUUUGGGGAGAAGCAGCAGCAGCAUUGCAUGUUCUGAACAUUUUGUUGGUUAUAAAAGGAAAAAGGGUGAUUUGAGCUAUUUGAAAAAAGGGUUCCUAAAAACAAGAUUUUAAAAAGUCUAACAGUUUUUCUUUGAACUUUUAUGCAGAAACAUUUGCUUCGAUUUACAAUUGCUUGUGUUUAACUCGACAUUUUCUUUGCUAUGAAAACAACACAAAAGCAGAAAAAAAGAGUACUCCGACACCUUGUGCAAUAAAGCUAUCUUUUUAUAAACUGUGA